CUCGAGCCGCGGCCAGACACUGGCUGCGCUCUCAGUUGUGAUCGUCCAGUCCUGUCGUGAUCGUGUGUCCCACCUACUGGCGCUUCUCACCAUGGUUGCUAGUGUCCGUAACACCAACUUGUUUUGAUCCUUGGAACGUUCGUCCAGCUGGGGCAAGCUGGUCCAGGGAGGAACUGCUGGAUGAGGUGUACAGUUGCCGGGUGGCAGCAGCAUCGAGUAUUGAGUGAGGCUCCCAGCGACCAUCAGGUGCAUCGCUGUGUUAGCAAGAGAGGGAGAGAGAGAGAGGGGCUGGAAGAGAGGGCUGCUGGAGCCGAUAUAGGAAAUUAAAGAGCCUACGAGAUUUAUGUGUUGAGAGAGUCUCGGGAAGAAAAGAAAGAGAAUACACCAGUGAAACAAAGAAUAGAGUGUCUUGUCAUUGUACGGGUGAAUCACAUACAAAAAUUUUGUGGGAAGCGCUGGAGAGGCGCGAGUGCUCGGCACGAAUCGUGGAGUAGUGUUGUUCUGGUAGCUGGAAGUUGUAUUUGGGCCCUCAGGAGAGAGAGGCCCUCAGCCACUGGGUGGCACACGUCUAGGUCAUGCCUCUCUUUGGCUCCAAAAAAGAAACAACCAAAAAACCAAGCAAGAAGGAAAAAGAGGAAGGAAAGAUGCCGUCGGUCGAGGACAAGUAUAAUCUCAAGGAUCUUCUUGGAACAGGAGCCUUCUCUCAGGUGCGAUUGGCGGAGGUGAAGGACGACCCGUCUCACAUGGUGGCCAUCAAGAUCAUCGAUAAGAAAGCGCUCAAAGGCAAGGAGGAUUCCCUGGAGAACGAGAUCAAGGUUCUACGAAGACUGCAGCACCCCAACAUUGUGCAGCUGAUGGAGACAUACGAGGAUCGUGAACACGUGUACCUCAUCAUCGAGUUAGUAACUGGCGGUGAAUUGUUUGAUAGAAUUGUUGAAAAAGGGUCAUAUACAGAGAAAGAUGCUUCACAUCUCAUACGACAAGUAUUAGAGGCUGUUGAUUAUAUGCAUGACCAGGGUGUUGUCCAUCGAGAUCUUAAGCCUGAAAAUUUACUCUACUACAGUCAAGAUGAAGAUAGCAAAAUUAUGAUUAGUGAUUUUGGGCUCAGCAAGAUGGAAGAUUCUGGCAUCAUGGCAACAGCAUGUGGCACACCUGGUUAUGUUGCUCCAGAAGUGUUGGCACAGAAACCUUAUGGAAAAGCAGUAGAUGUAUGGAGUAUAGGUGUAAUUGCAUAUAUUCUUCUAUGUGGUUACCCUCCAUUCUAUGAUGAGAAUGACGCAAAUCUUUUUGCACAGAUUCUUAAAGGUGAAUUUGAAUUUGAUUCUCCUUAUUGGGAUGAAAUCAGUGAUUCUGCCAAGGACUUCAUCCGCCAGUUAAUGUGUGUUGAUGUAGAAAAGAGGUACACCUGUAAGCAGUCUCUAGGACAUCCAUGGAUUUCUGGAAAUGCAGCCAGUGACAAGAAUAUCCAUAGCUCUGUGUCUGAGCAGCUGAAGAAGAACUUCGCAAAAAGUCGAUGGAGGCAACUAAUGCAUGCAAUCGUGAUGGUUCACAAGAUGCAGCGACUGGCCCUAUCCUCCACGAACAUGGAGGUGGACACUCCCCCCGCCUGUCCUCCAAUUACGGAGGAGGCAGAGGCAAGGGAGGAUGAGGGGGAGGAGGAGGAGGAAGGGGUUCACCCAGCAAGCCUACCAUGCAACAGCCGUGAUCCGCCAAAUGAGGCUGCUGGCACUAAGCACACAGCGUGAGAAGAAACUGAGUGAGUCCAGUGACACGAAUGCAAACACCACCACUACUUCAGCGCCGCCAGCCAGUAAAUCACCUAGAGAAAAUGCCCACUAGUUAAUCUGUGACUCAAUAUUAUGUUUUUAAAGACAAAUGACAGAUUUGGCUCUCCUUAUUUCAUGUCUGCAUUUCAAAAAGGCAGUACUCUACAAUGCAAUAGGAUGAAUUGCCUUUUGAAAAUGCACGCAUUACUCUGUGGAGGAAGUCAGAUCUUUGGUUUAGGUUCCUGUGGUUCCUUGGUUUACAUAAAAGUUUUAAAUGUGGCUCGGCAAGUAGCCUGUACGGAAGGCUUUGGCGUCUUCUACUUAUUUGUGAUUGAGUCUAGAAUCAUAGUUAUUUUUGUAUGAUACUUGGAGAUAUUUUUCACUUGCAGUCUUUGGUAGUACUCCAAUUUGCCAAAACGAUAAACUGUCUUCUAGAAAGUACACCAUAAAAGAAACACUGAAAUUGCAUAGUUUUACAGUCCAGUGCUCAGUAUAUCAGACUUACUGGGUUGAAAAGAAUGAUUUUAGCUAUAUAGCAAAGUGUAUUUAGUGCCAUUUUCAAAAUUAGAAAGUUCAUAGAGUGUAUUUAUAAAAUGUAUGGCACUUGUUGAAUGUGACUGCUUUAAUCUUCUAGCUGUUUAUAAACUUCAAUGCGUCUUAAUACUCUUGUGUUUGGUGCAUUGACAGACUGUAAUACAUACCAAAACUAUCCUAGACUGUCAUAUUUAAAAUAAGUUAUUUUUUACCCAUAUUUAGGGUAGAGGCUCAUAAAUAGCCAAUGCUCUAUCAAUUUUACUCCUUUUUGGAGUCCACAGUUGAUGCUUGUGAAAAGCAUAUGGAAUCUAUUGUUACUUUAGCUUAGAAAAUGUUGAUUUCACUCAUAAGCAUUUCAGAAUUUAUGGUGUUGGAAAAUCACUUCUGUCCAUCUAAGGACCUAUUGUCUUUCAUGUUAUACACAAUUUUUCAAACUGUCUGGGAAAGUGCAACUGCAUAUUUUUCCCUGAAAAUACAUAUUUAGCAUGAUUAUCUGUUCUCUUGGGCAGUGAAGCUCUCUGUUAAUCAAAUUUUGUAUUUGUGCUGUUGCCUCUAGAGAUGUAUAUUGAUCAGAACCAGUCUUGCUGAGGCUUAGAGUGGUCUAAUAGCAAGCAUGUGUUUUGAUCUACGCAACAAUUUGUAAAUUUCCAAGUGCAAUUUUUGACCAGUAAGUAUCAGUGUUCUUUUUAUUUUCUGUUGGAUAUUCAUUCAAGAAGUUGACAAUUCUUGAUGUUUUUUGUAGUAGGUCCCUGGCCUGAAUAUCAUGGGUCAUGUAAGGAUUAGUAAAAAUAUUAGAUACUUUUAAAGUUAAGCAUCAGCUGUAGGUGCAUCAUAUGCUGUGGUUUCCAAAAGUAACCCACUGUACUUUUUACUAUCCUUUGAUAUUGACUGUGUUUAUCAGGGCUAAUGUCUCAUGCACACAAUGGUAGCACAAAAGUUCCAUCAGUCAGCUAAAGUUCUUAUCAAGCUUGCUUUUUGUUUUUGUUUCGUACUAUGAAUUUUUUUUUUAUGGUGUAUGUGUAUGACUUUUUCAUAGAUGAUUUAUUUAUAAAUAUUGUUUAAAUUUCAUUUAGCCCUAUCGAUAGAAAGUAACUGUUUUCUAUGUUGAAAUAAUAUUCAGCUGUGCAUGAUAUUAUAUUAUUUUGAAUAUGCUUUGUACUUGGUUUAGGCUUUUAGCAGACUGAAAUGGAAGCUUAUGUAGAAAUCACAAAAUGAAUGUGUAUUCCUGUUUUUAAAAAUUUGCCUCUAUUAGAAACCUUAUUAGAAAGUAGACUAAGCUAUUUGUAGCUUAUAGAAUUUUUAAAAUCUUGCAUCUGUAGGAACUAGAUUAAAAGGAAUUAGUACUGACUUGCAUGACAUCACAGAAAACAUUAAACAUUUUGAACGGGUUUGGUGGUGGUUAUAUAAGCUAUGUUCAGCACUUAUGAGUCAUGGUGGUCUAUUAAGGGGUCAUUAGUAUCAAGAAUUAUUUACCAGUUGAAUAGACUGAUUAUAAACUACAACCAUGCACCUAAAAAUCCUGUAGCUUUGCUUACUUGUGUGGUGUCUGUGUUAUUGGUUGAAUUAAAUGAUAUGCAUUUAUCAUGGUAGAGGGCAAUAUGGUAAACAGUUGGGCGUUAUUCCCUUGAGGAGACUACCAGAAGUGACUUGAAACUUUGUACGUGACUUUAACUUAGUUGGGUAUGAUUUUUGAUAGUGGAAUUGUUUCCCAAAAUGUGUAUUACUUUUAAAUCCAUUAUAUUUGAUAUAUCAAGAAUAAGUUAUUAUAGGGUUUUACAGAAAGCUUAAAAUUGCCAAGUGCAGAUGAAUUGUUUUUAUUUGUAAUAACAGUUUCUGGCUGUGGCUGCAUCAGUAGCUUGUACAGUGGCAGCCAUCAAUCAGUAGUUUAAAUUAUCACUAUCACUGAUAUCUUAUUAUGUUUCUCAUUGUUUUUACAGAAAAUGAUUUAUUCAUAUAUAAGGUUAUAUAUGGAAUAUAGAUUUUAUUAAUCUUAUUUUGUGUCAGGUUUUUUGGUGUUUUUUCUCAAUAAAUAUCUCAUCAUUAAGGUUGCUAUUCCCACUGAGUCAAUCAGCUCAGUAAAUUGCUACAUAUUCUUGCCCCUCUGCCUUGGAAGUACCAGCUGGUGAUGUUAUUUUCCAAUGACAUCUCUUGUCAAAAUAUUACCUCUAUCUGAAUUGAUAAUUUAAUUCUAAUUUGCUUUUCUCUGAGUACACUGAAUAUAGUCUAUAAGAAUUCCAUAAGUGAAUCAUAGGGCUGUGUGCACAGGUAUGCAACACAGUGCUAAGAAGAUAUUCACCUGCAUGACUCUGCCUUACUUGAAAGGUUAAAACAGUUGGGGUCUCACACAGGCUGGUGCUCUGAAGUUAAUACUGUUCCUGUAUUAUGUAUUUCCAAAGUGAAACGGAGAAUGAUGGAAAUGUCUAAUAUAGAGAUGUAUCUUCAGAGAACAGUGCAUUGUCCUUAUUUAGAGAAGAGUUAAUAGUCCUAAUUUAGGUGACUUUUCCUUUGCAAGGAAAAUGUCAUAGGUUUUUGAUGUUAUAAACUUUUGGUAUAUUUUCAUUGCAAAUAUGCAACAUGAAACAUUUAUUAUACACUACAUCAACUUGCAUGUAAAUAACACAGAUAUGCUAUAUAAGCUUGUACUACACUGGUGAAUAUAGUACUUUGCCAGACACAUAGAUUAUCAGUUUGAAUUCUUUAAGUCAUGUGAAGUUCAGUAAACACUAUGUUGUGAAAUAGACCUAUGGUAAUUGCUACAUUUUCAUAUACAAAUGGGAUAAAAAUCUGCCAUAUAUCAUUUCUGAUUAUGUACUGUACAUGGUUUACAGAGCUGGUAAUGACACUGCAGAAUUUGGUUCAUUUGUUUAACAUAAAAUACAAUGACCAACUAUUUUCCUCCGAGCCUUUACGCCUUAUUAUUACCCUAAUGCUACUUCUUGUUGAGAAUUUUUUUUUUCUGCCUGCAUUUUCAUGAAAUAGGAAAUUUCUGAUUUAUGUUAUUUCUCUUGAAUGAAAAAGCAUUCACACACACACACACACACACACACACACACACACACACACACACACACACACACACACACACACACACACACACACACACACACACACACACACACACACACACACACACACACACACACACACACACACACACACACACACACACACACACACACACACACACACACCAUAUUGUUUUAAAACAGAUUAAACUACUGAUAAGUCUCUAAAAUACUGAGAAGGUCUUUGAUUUCAUGUUAUUUUUUCUGAACCUAGAUUAUGGCAAAUCAAACAGAUAGCUCACAAGGAAAUGUUUUAAAGAAGCAUUCAUAGUGCAAGCAAUGUUACAUGAUGGGUUGCAGAAGACAGGUUUAUUACAAGUUCUGGAACAGAUUAUGUAUGAUUUUCCCAAUAUUCUUAGCCUGGUGUUUCACAAGCCUCAUGAUAAAACAUAAUACAAUAGUAAAAUAAUCUUGUCUAUACAUUAUUAUGUAUUAUUUUUCAUAUACCAGAUACCAUAACAAAGACUGUCUUAGUAAAGAAAGGGAAUACACAACCCAGUUGAAUUAAUCUUAAAUAUAAUUUUAACCACUGUUGUAGUUUUUCCUUGGUAAAAGAGGCUAUUAUCUAAUUUAAAAAUCUUACAUUCCAAAAAAAAAUUGUUUCAUACACUAUGGUGAUUUUUAAAAAAGCUUACAACAUGCUCUUUAUAAAUACAAGAUCAGAAUAACAAAUAGAUAUACACAUUUAGUAGAACCUAGUGUUUAUAUCUGUAAAAUAAUAUUAUUUUGUCUAAAAAACAUAUUCCUGCCUUUCAUAUUAAGAGUUACGGCUUUCACAAACAUUGUUGUAAAUUUGAAAAGAGAAAUGAAUAGAAACUGAAUGAACUUCCUCUCCUGUUUCAGAGCAAUAUAUUCCUUCAUGUAUUGAAUACUGAAUAGAAUAAAAAGUGGGAAAGACUGUCUCAUUCUCUCUGUAAAUCAUUGUCUGAUGCAAAAUCACUCAUAUUGAUACAGUAUAGGUAAUAUAAUUUGUUUUUUCUUGUAUAGUUUGUUAAGGAGUUGUGAAGACAUUUUUAGGUUGUAUCCUACCAUGUCUGCAUAAUUGUUUGUGGUUCAAUAUACCACACAAUUUUUUAAGUUAAGAGGGUGAAAUUAAGAUCAAUGAAACAAUAAACAUGAGGAACGAUAAAUAAAUAAACAGAUAUUUAAACA